UUGCAGGUAUUAAUUAAAUAAAUUUGAUUUUGUAAUCUAAAUUUAUUAGUGGAAAAAAAAAAAUGGCUAAUUUGCAAAAGGCUUAUUUUGGAAUGCAAUGCUUUUGGGGUGCUGAAUCAACAUUCGCAAAAUUGGAUGGUGUCUUGGCGACACGAGUUGGUUAUGCUGGUGGUACCACAGCGACACCUAAUUAUCAGAAUAUCGGUGAUCAUACAGAAGUAACGGAAGUUCAGUUUGACGAAAAGAUUAUAAGCUACGAUAAAAUCCUUAAUUAUUUCUGGGAACAUCAUAAUCCAACUACGGAAUAUAAAAAACAGUACAAAUCCGCAAUUCUUUACGUCGAUGAUCAACAAAAAGAGAUGGCCAAGGAGAGUUUGAAAAAGAUACAGGAGAAAUACGGCAGUAAGAAGCUAGAUACAUAUGUUCAAAAACUGGUUCAAUUUUAUCAGGCAGAAGAUUAUCACCAAAAAUAUUGGUUGCGUUGUCAAACGGCAAUUUUUAAAAAGUUGAAUCUAAAUAAUGAAGAAGUAGUGAGUUCAUUACUGGCUACAAAAAUGAAUGCAUUUUUGGCAGGAUAUACAAACUUCGAUGUACUCAAACAGUUGGCUGAUCAGUAUCAGUUAGACGAAGAUGUUAUCACAUUGAUUAAAAAUAUUGCUGUAACAGGUGGAGAUACAAGUGCAUGCCACGUAUAAUGUAUCAUUGUUAAUUUUUAAAGCUAAAAUGUGAAGAAAAUCGG